AAUGAAGGAGGAAUUAAACAGGUGUCCAAUUAUUGCCCGGACCCGGGGGAACCUGAGAACGGCAAACGCAGCGGCUCCGACUUCAGGUGAGCUCAUCUGUAACUAAACAUGCCUGUCUACCUGCCAUGGGUUGUGUCCCAAAUGGGCCCUGGUCAAAAGUAGUGCCCUGUGAGAUGCAGCCAGAAUAAAACCUCUAGACUAUAGCCCUAGUAAAACAGAGUGAAAACUAUAUAUUUUAAUGCCAUUUGCAGUUAAGGCUUCAGUCCGUCCAUAAUAUGUCCUCAAUCCAUCUGUCCAUAAUAUGUCCUCAAUCCAUCUGUCCAUAAUAUGUCCUCAGUUUAUCUGUCCAUAAUAUGUCCUCAAUCCAUCUGUCCAUAAUAUGUCCUCAGUCUAUCUGUCCAUAAUAUGUCCUCAGUCCAUCUGUCCAUAAUAUGUCUUCAGUCCAUCUGUCCAUAAUAUGUCCUCAGUCCAUCUGUCCAUAAUAUGGCCUCAGUCCAUCUGUCCAUAAUAUGUCCUCAGUCCAUCUGUCCAUAAUAUGUCCUCAGUCCAUCUGUCCAUAAUAUGUCCUCAGUCCAUCUGUCCAUAUUAUGGCCUCAGUCCAUCUGUCCAUAAUAUGUCCUCAGUCCUUAUUCCAAGCGAUCCAAAAGCUUCUUAUUAUAUUAGAGUGUGUGGGAGGAGCUCCUCUCAACCGUUUUCUCUUUUGUAAAGACUUCAUUUAUUACAUGAAUUUGUUGUUAUCUGUUCAUUCAUUUAUUACAUGAAUGUGUUGUUAUCUGUUCAAGCAUUGGAGCAACGGCUCAGUUUACCUGUGAUGAGGACCAUGUGCUGCAAGGCUCCAAAACCAUCACCUGUCAGAGGGUAGCGGAGGUGUUCGCUGCUUGGAGCGACCACAGACCUGUCUGCAAAGGUGAGGCCCUCCGCCCGGUGCAUCUAAUCUAGAUACAUGCUUUGAUUAAACCAGGGCCUGUGGAUAUAUGCAGAUUCUAAUGGUCAAUCCUUUAACUCUGUUAAUAUUGUAUGAUAGCAGAGAGUAUUACACCAGCAGGCCUUUACACAAUGUAUUAUUCCCUCUCUGCAUAUAAACAUUUCACUCCUUUCUCUUCUUUCAGUGAAAACGUGCGGAUCAACUCUCCAUGGUCCAUCGGGGACUUUCACGUCUCCCAAUUUCCCCAUCCAGUACGAGAGUAAUUCCCACUGUGUGUGGGUUAUCACUGCUGGUGACCCCAAUAAGGUAUGGAUAAUAUGCUUAAGCCCUUACCUGUCAGCUCUCCUAUGCUCUCCCAGUCUCUCGUUGACAUUGAAAUCAUUAUCUAUGUAUUACAUUACCAUGUGUUAGCUAACGUUACCUAACGUCAUUAGGAUAAUUAUGCAGUGUGUCUGCAUUGCUAAUUAGAAUGUUUUGGUUUUUUUACAUGAACACACUGCAGGCAUAUGGUGCAUCCCAAAUGGCACCCGUUUACCCUAUUUAGUGCACUACCUUUGACCAGUGGCCAUUUGGUAAAGUGCACUAUACAAAGACAAUGUCCUGUCCUGUCCCAAAGCACAGACGCUACACGGUCCUAGAGAACAACAGAAGCAUGUUGCCAUCAUUUUUGCUGUUGUCAUCAACAGAUGUGACAUGCGUGGCAAUUUAAAGCUUUAAUCUCAGCUUCAUGUGGGUUUUUCUUAAUUCAGAUUAAGCCUCCUUGCAUGUGUCAUAUUAUAUUUGGUUGUGUUAAAAGCCUCCCUGCAUGUGUCAUAUUAUAUUUGGUUCUGUGUACGAUUAAAUAAAGGGAGGAAAGUAGCUCGGUCACAGUCAGCUAUGACUGCAUCCCAAAUAGCACACUAUUCCCUAUAUAAUACACUACUUUUGACCAGGGCCCAUAUGGCUCUGGUAAAUAGGGUGCCAUUCAGGAAGCAGUCGUAGCUGACUGUGACCAGAAUAUUUAUAAAAGGGAAGACUGAAAGGCAAUUCAUUAUUUCAGUCAAUAAGUGAAUCUCAAGUUGUAUCUUUGCAUGAUUGCUUCUCAAUAUUUGAUUUGUGUUCUGAGCGGCUUGUCAAGACCAUGCCAUUAGCAAUCUAUAAAGUCCUCCCUGAAGACCAUUUGCAGUGCUUCUGGUUUGAACAAUUCAUGGCCUUGCUUUUGGUGCGAGAAACACACGUGUCUACCUGAUUACAUCAUCUGUUUGAUAGGACUUGUAGGAUUCAUUUCUUUUCUUUGUGUUUGAUUUAAUUAUCUUUCACUCAUUGUGAACUGAAAGCUGUGGGUGGAUAUUUAGUAAACAUCUGAAAAUUACUUGAAUUAAUGUGAUUCUAAACAUUCUCCCAAAGGUGUGUUUAUGAAAAUCACCAGCUGGUAGUAUGUCUGUUAGGAAUGUGAUUUGAGGUAAAUGUUGAAUGAUUCUCUGAUCUCAUAUUGUGACAUGAUGAUUUAAUACCAAUGCAUACAGUAGCUGGAUGGAUUGUGAUUGUGUUGCUGUUAUCUUCUCUAAAGCUUUGUAUCAGGGGUGGAUUAGCUGUCAUUUACCAGAUACCAUGUCUUAUUAUACAGGCAUUCAAAUGAACACACUGUUUAUUUCUGCUGGACUCAAGAGAAAUCAAUCAAGUCAAAUAAGUGAUGCAUUCAUUUUGUUGUCCAAUGAAUAAUGUGUAUAAUAUAAAUGAGUAUAAAAUACGUUAUCAUUAUAUGUUGUGUGUAUGCAUGUACCGUAUAUGUUACUCUGGCAGACAAACUUUACCGUCGGAUGUUUCCAUGAAAUGACGAAUAAGAAAAUAAAUUGUAAUCAAUAUACUUCAACAGGUUAUCCAGAUCAACUUUGAGGAGUUUGACCUGGAGAUCGGCUAUGACUCAUUAACCAUUGGAGACGGAGGGGAGGUUGGGGAUUCAAGAACGAUAAUACAAGUGUAAGUAUAAUGCUUGAAUUAUCCUCAGAUCCCAGAACCAAAUCUAGCUGGGAGAUUAUACUUAAAUAAACAUGUCUGUUGUUUGAUGGUUUAAUUAAGUCCACUUACGUUCCACGUUGUUAUAAAAUGUUAAUAUUAACCCUAACUAAUAAACAUGUCUGUUGUUUAAUGGUUUAAUUAAGUCAACUUAUGUUCCAUGUUGUUACAAAAUGUUAAUAUUAACCCUAACUAAUAAACAUGUCUGUUGUUUAAUGGUUUAAUUAAGUCAACUUACAUUCCAUGUUAUAAAAUGUUAAUAUUAACCCUACCUAAUAAACAUGUCUGUUGUUUAAUGGUUUAAUUAAGUCAACUUAUGUUCCACGUUGAUAUAAAAUGUUAAUAUUAACCCUAACUAAUAAACAUGUCUGUUGUUUAAUGGUUUACUUAAGUCCACUUACGUUCCACAUUGUUAUAAAAUGUUAAUAUUAACCCUAACUAAUAAACAUGUCUGUUGUUUAAUGGUUUAAUUAAGUCAACUUAUGUUCCACGUUGAUAUAAAAUGUUAAUAUUAACCCUAACUAAUAAACAUGUCUGUUGUUUAAUGGUUUAAUUAAGUCCACUUACGUUCCACAUUGUAAUAAAAUGUUAAUAUUAACCCUAACUAAUAAACAUACCUGUUGUUUAAUGGUUUAAUUAAGUCCACUUAUGUUCCACGUUGUUAUAAAAUCUUAAUAUUAACCCUAACUCAUAAACAUGUCUGUUGUUUAAUGGUUUAAGUCAACUUACGUUCCACGUUGAUAUAAAAUGUUAAUAUUAACCCUAACUAAUAAACAUGUCUGUUGUUUAAUGGUUUAAGUCAACUUACGUUCCACGUUGUUAUAACAUGUUAAUAUUAACCCUAACUAAUAAACAUGUCUAUUGUUUUAUGGUUCAAUUAAGUCUACUGACGUUCCACGUUGUUAUCAAAUGUUAUUAUUAACCCUACCUAAUAAACAUGUUUGUUGUUUACAAUAAUUACUUAUUUUCAAGUCUCUCUUACAUGCCUGGUUGUUUAGAAAAGGUAAAUAGCUUUUACGAUAACCCUGUCUCUUAUUUAUAUGUAUUGAACCUGUAUUUAGACAGAUAAGUAAAUUAAGAACAGAUUCUUAUUUACAAUAACAACCGAUCUGAUUGGCUGAAGGGCAGUAUUGUGACAGGCUAUUGUCUGUAUUGUGCUCUUAUCUGCAGGCUGACGGGCAGCUUCGUGCCUGACCUUAUUGUCAGCAUGUCCCAUCAAAUGUGGCUGCACCUUCAGUCUGAUGAGAGCGUGGGAUCUAUCGGUUUCAAGAUCAACUAUAAAGGUGCAGACACUCUCAAACUCUUAAUCCCUAGACACAGUAUAAAGUCCUCCCCUGUGCAGAUAAUGAUAAAACGUUGAAAUACAGACACUAUCAAACUACCUUAGCCCAGACGUGCCCCCAUCCCCAGCCCCCAGCACCUAGCCCCCAGCCCCCAGCCCCAGCCCCCAGCCCACAGCCCCAGCCCCCAGCUCCUAGCCCCAGCUCCUAGCCCCAGCCUUAGACACAUUGUCAUACAGACCCCUUUUCAGAUAAAUUAUACAACUUUAAAACAUUUGACCAAUCACAAACUCAACUUCAAGAUCAAAAAGGUAAAAACACUCUCCAACACCUCCAUUACAUUUACAUUUACAUAAUUUAGCAGACGCUCUUAUCCAGAGCGACUUCCAUCCCAGACCUGGCCCAGCACCAGACUACCUCCAUCCCAGACCUGGCCCAGCACCAGACUACCUCCAUCCCAGAUCUAGCCCAGCACCAGACUACCUCCAUCCCAGACCUGGCCCAGCACCAGACUACCUCCAUCCCAGACCUGGCCCAGCACCAGACUACCUCCAUCCCAGACCUGGCCCAGCACCAGAGAACCUAUAAUCCAUUUACUAUCAGUAUGAAACAGAUAAAGGACUAUUUGACUGAUCCCUGCCUCAUUCUCUGACAGAGAUUGAUAAGGAGAGUUGCGGGGACCCAGGCACACCUCUGUAUGGCUUCCAGGAGGGCAGUGGGUUUCUGAAUGGGAACGUGCUGCGGUUCGAGUGCCAAUUUGGCUUCGAGCUGAUUGGAGAGAGGAUGAUCACCUGUCAGAACAACAACCAAUGGUCUGCUAACAUCCCUAUUUGCAUAUGUGAGUAUAUGGACUGCAUCCCGUUGCCUUGCAGAGCAUGGAUAAGUAUGUUCAUUGUUGGUAAUUCCAUGUUAAAGCAACAAGGUAAUUCUGUGGAAUAUGUUUAUAUUAAAAUAAAUGAUGAAAUACAUUAUUACUCUUUUCAGGUUUUACAUCCCAUAUGUAACAUACAGUGGGGAAAAAAAGUAUUUAGUCAGCCACGAAUUGUGCAAGUUCUCCCACUUAAAAAGAUGAGAGAGGCCUGUAAUUUUCAUCAUAGGUACACGUCAACUAUGACAGACAAAUUGAGGGAAAAAAAUCCAGAAAAUCACAUUGUAGGAUUUUUUAUGAAUUUAUUUGCAAAUUAUGGUGGAAAAUAAGUAUUUGGUCACCUACAAACAAGCAAGAUUUCUGGCUCUUACCUGUAUUAAUGGCACCUGUUUGAACUUGUUAUCAGUAUAAAAGACACCUGUCCACAACCUCAAACAGUCACACUCCAAACUCCACUAUGGCCAAGACCAAAGAGCUGUCAAAGGUGUAAUGAAUACUCGGACAGAGUGGUAAGAUCCAAUCGCAGAAUUGCGAUGCUUUAUUAGAGUACAGACAAGGAAAUAGCUUAAUCGUGGUCUGGCGAGCUGUGGUCAAAACCGGGCAAGGCAGAGACAGGCAGAGGUACCAAGGGAGCGGGCGUAGUCGUAGUCGAGGGCACGGGCACGGGCACGGGCACAGGUUCAGAGUACGGUAAUCACUGGGAUAGACAAGCAGAGGAUUAAGCAAUUCGGGGAGUCAAACAACGAAGCACAGGUCUGGUACACUGGUAAUCAAAAACAAACUAUCUCUCUCUCUCUCUGAACAAAACGCUUAGCAAGUCACAAAGGAACAAUACCUCGCACCAACUGAACUUCUGAGCACACCUAUAUCCUACUCUAAUUACUGACAGGUGUGCUCAGAACUCAGGUGAAACAGAUCGAGUCUGAUGACUCCCCCUCUCAGUAGAUCGGGGAAGUGUCAGACUCUGUCUAGAUCCAGCCAAACCCCGAUCCCUUAUAAAAGGACACCAGAAACAAAAUUGUAGACCUGCACCAGGCUGGGAAGACUGAAUUUGCAAUAGGUAAGCAGCUUGGUUUGAAGAAAUCAACUGUGGGAGCAAUUAUUAGGAAAUGGAAGACAUACAAGACCACUGAUAAUCUCCCUCGAUCUGGGGCUCCACGCAAGAUCUCACCCCGUGGGGUCAAAAUGAUCACAAGAACGGUGAGCAAAAAUCCCAGAACCACACGGGGGGACCUAGUGAAUGACCUGCAGAGAGCUGGGAACAAAGUAAUAAAGCCUACCAUCAGUAACACACUACGCCGCCAGGGACUCAAAUCCUGCAGUGCCAGACGUGUCCCCCUGCUUAAGCCAGUACAUGUCCAGGUCCAUCUGAAGUUUGCUAGAGUGCAUUUGGAUGAUCCAGAAGAGGAUUGGAAGAAUGUCAUAUGGUCAGAUGAAACCAAAAUAGAACUUUUUGGUAAAAACUCAACUCGUCGUGUUUGGAGGACAAAGAAUGCUGAGUUGCAUCCAAAGAACACCAUACCUACUGUGAAGCAUGGGGGUGGGAACAUCAUGCUUUGGGGCUGUUUUUCUGCAAAGGGACCAGGACGACUGAUCCGUGUAAAGGAAAGAAUGGAUGGGGCCAUGUAUCGUGAGAUUUUGAGUGAAAACCUCCUUCCAUCAGCAAGGGCAUUGAAGAUGAAACGUGGCUGGGUCUUUCAGCAUGACAAUGAUCCCAAACACACCGCCCGGGCAACAAAGGAGUGGCUUCAUAAGAAGCAUUUCAAGGUCCUGGAGUGGCCUAGCCAGUCUCCAGAUCUCAACCCCAUAGAAAAUCUUUGGAGGGAGUUGAAAGUCCGUGUUGCCCAGCGACAGCCCCAAAACAUCACUGCUCUAGAGGAGAUCUGCACGGAGGAAUGGGCCAAAAUACCAGCAACAGUGUGUGAAAACCUUGUGAAGACUUACAGAAAACGUUUGACCUGUGUCAUUGCCAACAAAGGGUAUAUAACAAAGUAUUGAGAAACUUUUGUUAUUGACCAAAUACUUAUUUUUCACCAUAAUUUGCAAAUAAAUUCAUUAAAAAUCCUACAAUGUGAUUUUCUGGAAAAAAAAAUCUCAUUUUGUCUGUCAUAGUUGACGUGUACCUAUGAUGAAAAUUACAGGCCUCUCUCAUCUUUUUAAGUGGGAGAACUUGCACAAUUGGUGGCUGACUCAAUACUUUUUUUCCCCACUGUAGCACCAUGUGGUGCAGUAUGUACAUUUAUAGGAAAACCCUCCCAUCCUGCCUCCAUGGAAUAUCUUGAUGAACAUAACAUAUGGACAUGCGAACUUAAACAUUUCCACACCUAACCCAUUCCUUUUCCUACUCCCACAGUCCCAUGUUUCUCCAACUUCACGGCGGCCAUGGGCACUGUGCUGUCCCCUGACUACCCAGAGGGCUAUGGGAACAACCUGAACUGUGUGUGGAUCAUCAUCUCUGAGCCCGGCAGCCGGAUCCACCUGGCCUUCAACGACUUUGACCUGGAGCCUCCAUACGACUUCCUCACCGUGAAGGACGGAGACCAGGUAAUGAAUUGAUUGAUACCGUGGCUUGCGAAAGUAUUCACCCCCUUGACAUUUUUCCUAUUUUGUUGCCUUACAACCUGGAAUUAAAAUUUAUUUUUGGGGGGGUUUGUAUCAUUUGAUUUACACAACAUGCCUACCACUUUGAAGAUGCAAAAAUUUUUGGGGGGUGAAACAAACAAGAUAUAAGACAAAAAAAACAGAAAACUUGAGCAUGCAUAACUAUUCACCCCCCAAAAGUCAAUACUUUGUAGAGCCACCUUUUGCAGCAAUUAUAGCUGCAAGUCUCUUGGGGUAUGUCUCUAUAAGCUUGGCACAUCUAGCCACUGGGAUUUUUGCCCAUUCUUCAAGGCAAAACUGCUCCAGCUUCGCUGGUGUACAGCAAUCUUUAAGUCAUACCACAGAUUCUCAAUUGGAUUGAGGUCUGGGCUUUGACUAGGCCAUUUCAAGACAUUUAUAUGUUUCCCCUUAAACCACUCAAGUGUUGCUUUAGCAGUAUGCUUAGGGUCAUUGUCCUGCUGGAUACAGGUUUCCCUCAAGAAUAUCCCUGUAUUUAGCGCCAUCCAUCAUUCCUUCAAUUCUGACCAGUUUCCCAGUCCCUGCCGAUGAAAAACAUCCCCACAGCAUGGUGCUGCCACCACCAUGCUUCACUGUGGGGAUGGUGAUCUCGGGGUGAUGAGAGAUGUUGGGUUUGCGCCAGGCAUAGCGUUUUCCUUGAUGGCCAAAAUGCUGAAUUUUAGUCUCAUCUGACCAGAGUACCUUCUUCCAUAUGUUUGGGGAGCCUCCAACAUGCCUUUUGGCGAACACCAAAUGUGUUUGCUUAUUUUUUUCUUUAAGCAAUGGCUUUUUUUCUGGCCACUCUUCUGUAAAGCCCAGCUCUGUGGAGUGUACGGCUUAAAGUGGUCCUAUGGACAUAUACUCCAGUCUCCGCUGUGGAGCUUUGCAGCUCCUUCAGGGCUAUCUUUGGUCUCUUUGUUGCCUCUCUGAUUAAUGCCCUCCUUGCCUGGUCUGUGAGUUUGGGUGGGCAGCCCUCUCUUGGCAGGUUUGUUGUGGUGCCAUGUUCUUUCCAUUUUUUAUUAAUGAAUUUAAUGGUGCUCCGUGGGAUGUUCAAAGUUUUGGAUGGCGUUUGCCACAUUUUUUAUAACCCAACCCUGAUCUGUACUUCUCCACAACUUUGUCCCUGACCUGUUUGGAGAGCUCCUUGGUCUUCAUGGUGCCACUUGCUUGGUGGUGCCCCUUGCUUAGUGGUGUUGCAGACUCUGGGGCCUUUCAGAACAGGUGUAUAUAUACUGAGAUCAUGUGACAGAUCAUGUGACACUUAGAUGCAUGUGGGUGAACUUUUUAAAACUAAUUAUGUGACUUCUGAAGGUAAUUGGUUGCACCAGAUCGCUCUGGAUAAGAGCGUCUGCUAAAUGACUAAAAUGUAAUGUGUCAUACAUCUCUUAUCAUUGGGCCAGUCACCGAAAGGAUGCUGGUUCGAAUACCUGAGGUGACAAAGUGAAAAAUCUGUCGAUGUGCCCUUGAGCAAGGCACUUAACCUUAUUGCCUCUUUGUUUGUGGUUAGUUAAUCUCUUAUUGUCUCUUGGUUUGUGGUUAGUUCAUCUCUUAUUGUCUCUUGGUUUGUGGUUAGUUCAUCUCUUAUUGUCUCUUGGUUUGUGGUUAAUUCAUCUCUUUUUGUCUCUUGGUUUGUGGUUAGUUCAUCUCUUAUUGCCUCUUGGUUUGUGGUUAGUUCAUCUCCUAUUGUCUCUUGGUUUGCGUUUAUUUCUUUCAUUUUCUUGUUUUGCAAUAAGUGUUAUGUUGUUUAAGUGUGUUGUUUUUUUAAGAGUGUUGUUUAAAUGCACUGUAAAUAAUGUUUGAUAUGAUGUGGUUGUACCAGAUGGGCUCGUCCAUCCUGGGGAGGUACUCAGGAGCGGAGGUGCCCUCUCACUUCAGCUCCAACACCAACAUACUACAGCUGGAGUUCCAGGCAGACCACUCCAUGUCUGGAAGAGGAUUCAACAUCACCUACAGCAGUCAGUACAAUACUCGAUUAUUACCAGAUAUGUCAUGCAGGUCACAUUUCUGAGUAGGCACUGAUGACUAAAUGUACCUUGAAUUAGCAUUCGUUCAACGUCAUACUGCAAGGCACACUUUUGCAAGGCUGUACUAUUAGAUGUAUUAGAUCUCCCGAGUGGCGCAGUGGUCUAAGGCACUGCAUCACAGUGCUAGCUGUGCCACUAGAGAUCCUGGUUUGAAUCCAGGCUCUGUCGUAGCCGGCCGCGACCAGGAGACCCAUGGGGUGGCGCACAAUUGGCCCAGCGUCGUCCAGGGUAGGGGAGGGAAUGGCCGGCAGGGAUGUAGCUCAGUUGGUAGAGCAUGGCGUUUGCAACGCCAGGGUUGUGGGUUCAAUUCCCACGGGGGGCCAGUAUGAAAAAGAAAAAAAUAAUGUAUGCACUCACUAAGUGUAAAUCGCUCUGGAUAAGAGCGUCUGCUAAAUGACUAAAAUGUAAUGUGUCAUACAUCUCUUAUCAUUGGGCCAGUCACCGAAAGGAUGCUGGUUCGAAUACCUGAGAUGACAAAGUGAAAAAUCUGUCGAUGUGCCCUUGAGCAAGGCACUUAACCUUAAUUUUCUCCAGGGGCACCAUACUGCUGUGGCUGACCGUGUAAAACAACACAUUUCACUUCACCUAUCCAGUGGAUGUGACAACUUGGAUUAUUAUUAUUAUUUUUUUAUUUUUUACAAAUGUACAGUCUUGUGUUUCAUUGUAUAUAAUGUGGACUUUAUCUAACACUGUAUUUUCAAUAUCAACUACAGUAAUCAGAACACUGUAGCUUCAAUAUCAACUUCAGUAAUCAGAACACUGUAGCUUCAAUAUCAACUACAGUAAUCAGAACACUGUAGCUUCAAUAUCAACUACAGUGAUCAGUACACUCACAGGGCAGAUAGCUGUUGGAUUAAUGUUGUGUCAACGUUAUAUUGUAAAACAAACCUGUCAAAGAAAACCCCAAUCUAUUGCAAGGCUCUAUUAACAGAUGUGUCAUACAUCUGAUAUUGUUGAGAGGGCACUGACGGCCAAAUACACAGCAUUGUCAUGUAUUGUACGUAUGUAAUGCCAACUACAUUAUGUCUGUUACAAUUCUACCAUACAAGCGGAUGAAAUUGAGGCAGCACACGAACGGCCCUCAGUUUCAAUGGGAAUGAUAUCCCAGGCUAUUAUAUGGUUGAAUACAACCUUAGUAUCUGUUCUCCUCUGUGAAGGCAGUGCAGUCCCUAGAUAAGGUAUUGUUGUUCUGAGACCUACUGUACGCUAGCAGUGAGAGAGUUAUAUUUUCUUCUCACACAAGAAAGUUAUCUUUUCUUCUCACAUCUCUUUCUUGAUCCUCUUUUUUGAAAGGCCUUAUUUCUCAUUAGACACUAUACCAUGUUCCCUCCCUCCCUCCCUCCCCUCCAGCAUUUGGCCACAAUGAGUGUCCGGAUCCAGGCGUCCCUCUGAAUGCCAGACGGUUUGGGGACAGUUUCCAGCUGGGUAGCUCUGUCUCUGUGGUGUGUGAGGAGGGCUUCAUCAAGACCCAGGGCACUGACACCAUCACCUGCCAGCUGGAGGGGGGCAAGGUCAUGUGGAGCGGACCCAUCCCUAAAUGUGAAGGUAACAAUGAUUCAUUAUUCAAACAUUUCCAGUGGAUGGAUAGUGUUAUGCUUCAGUUAUACUGCACCAGGACCUGCUCUAAAUGUGAAGGCAGGACUGCAGAUGGUGAUGAUGAAGUCAUUUUAAAGGAUAUUAUUUGAGGAUUAGAUAGCAUUAAUGUUUUCUAUCUAUCUGUGUUGUUAUACCUCCUGGGCCUGUGGCAUGUGGCAGUAGCCAUAAUAAUAAUUGCACUAAGGCAGGGUGGACAAUCAUUUUGGUUCAAGGGCCACAUCGGGAUCUCCCCAAUUCAACGGAGGGCCACUUCUGACCAAUUUGUUUGUCAAAGUCAAUUUGCAGGACGGAAAAGGGGCAGCUAUUUCAAAAUAUAUAGGUCCAUUAUCAUUUCUCCAUACUUUCUCCAUACUUUUUAUAUGGUUUUAUACGUUCAAGUGUAGCCAGAAAUUGUUUUUUAAUCCCUAAAUCCACAGAGUGCCACAGGCCACAUUUAAGUUGCAUUGAGAUGCAUUGAAUUAAAACCAAAUGUAUUUGCCAUUUACAGUGGGGAAAAAAAGUAUUUAGUCAGCCACCAAUUGUGCAAGUUCUCCCACUUAAAAAGAUGAGAGAGGCCUGUAAUUUUCAUCAUAGGUACACGUCAACUAUGACAGACAAAUUGACAAAAAAAAUCCAGAAAAUCACAUUGUAGGAUCUUUUAUGAAUUUAUUUGCAAAUUAUGGUGGAAAAUAAGUAUUUGGUCACCUACAAACAAGCAAGAUUUCUGGCUCUCACAGACCUGUAACUUCUUUUUUAAGAGGCUCCUCUGUCCUCCACCCGUUACCUGUAUUAAUGGCACCUGUUUGAACUUGUUAUCAGUAUAAAAGACACCUGUCCACAACCUCAAACACUCACACUCCAAACUCCACUAUGGCCAAGACCAAAGAGCUGUCAAAGGACACCAGAAACAAAAUUGUAGACCUGCACCAGGCUGGGAAGACUGAAUCUGCAAUAGGUAAGCAGCUUGGUUUGAAUAAAUCAACUGUGGGAGCAAUUAUUAGGAAAUGGGAGACAUACAAGACCACUGAUAAUCUCCCUCGAUCUGGGGCUCCACGCAAGAUCUCACCCCGUGGGGUCAAAAUGAUCACAAGAACGGUGAGCAAAAAUCCCAGAACCACACGGGGGGACCUAGUGAAUGACCUGCAGAGAGCUGGGACCAAAGUAACAAAGCCUACCAUCAGUAGAGACACUACGCCGCCAGGGACUCAAAUCCUGCAGUGCCAGACGUGUCCCCCUGCUUAAGCCAGUACAUGUCCAGGCCCGUCUGAAGUUUGCUAGAGUGCAUUUGGAUGAUCCAGAAGAGGAUUGGGAGAAUGUCAUAUGGUCAGAUGAAACCAAAAUAGAACUUUUUGGUAAAAACUCAACUCGUCGUGUUUGGAGGACAAAGAAUGCUGAGUUGCAUCCAAAGAACAUCAUACCUACUGUGAAGCAUGGGGGUGGAAACAUCAUGCUUUGGGGCUGUUUUUCUGCAAAGGGACCAGGACGACUGAUCCGUGUAAAGGAAAGAAUGAAUGGGGCCAUGUAUCGUGAGAUUUUGAGUGAAAACCUCCUUCCAUCAGCAAGGGCAUUGAAGAUGAAACGUGGCUGGGUCUUUCAGCAUGACAAUGAUCCCAAACACACCGCCCGGGCAACGAAGGAGUGGCUUCGUAAGAAGCAUUUCAAGGUCCUGGAGUGGCCUAGCCAGUCUCCAGAUCUCAACCCCAUAGAAAAUCUUUGGAGGGAGUUGAAAGUCUGUGUUGCCCAGCGACAGCCCCAAAACAUCACUGCUCUAGAGGAGAUCUGCAUGGAGGAAUGGGACAAAAUACCAGCAACAGUGUGUGAAAACCUUGUGAAGACUUAGGAAAACGUUUGACCUGUGUCAUUGCCAACAAAGGGUAUAUAACAAAGUAUUGAGAAACUUUUGUUAUUGACCAAAUACUUAUUUUCCACCAUAAUUUGCAAAUAAAUUCAUUAAAAAUCCUACAAUGUGAUUUUCUGGAUUUUUUUUUCUCAUUUUGUCUGUCAUAGUUGACGUGUACCUAUAAUGAAAAUUACAGGCCUCUCUCAUCUUUUUAAGUGGGAAAACUUGCACAAUUGGUGGCUGACUAAAUACUUUUUUCCCCCACUUGAUCUGAGACAACUUAAAGCAGUUGAUGUAGUAGGAAUAGAGCCAACAUGUCUCUAGUCUAUUCCCUGGCUUUACAACAGAUUCCUCUGCUACAGUAGAUACAUCUCUCUGUAUGUUGGUCAUGUCCUUAAGGUUGCAGGGAGAUACGCAGCUCUAACAGUACAGCAGAUCACUGCCUCCCUCUCUCCAUGGGUCGGUCCCAAAUAGCACCCCUAUUCCCUACAUAGGCCCUGGUCAACAGUAGUGAAUAGGGUGGCAUUUGGGAUGCAGUACACAUGAACCGGUACUUAAUACUUAAGUUAGGACACUAUAAAGUAUUCUAUAAGCUCUGUAUCGUCUAGUGCCGCUAUCUCAGAAGACUAUAGGGAGUAAAGGGAGAAGCUUGGAGAGCGAUAGGUGAUAUAGCGGUUGAGAGAAAGGCAGUUGGAGCAGAGAGAGUAGGACAUGUCUCACAUCAGCGUCUCUCUCUCUUGUCUCUUAUUGUCUCUUGGUGUGUCUCUCACUUCCUCUCCCCUUUCUUAGCGUUGUCUCUCUCUGCCCUCUCCGUCUUCGCUGCUGUCGCUCUCGUCCCUGAGAGCAUCGGUUAUGAGAUCUACACGGAAAUGAGGAGAGAAUGAGGAGAACGUGCCAAUAAUCGAUCAGUAUGGUAGGUAAGAUAUGAGGAGAUAGUCGCGAGCAGAUGUGAUGAUAAUGGGGAUAGCAGAGGGUGACGGUGAGAGGGAUAUAGAGAGUACUAAAGAGAGAAGAUAGAGGAGAUAGCGCUGAUAGAGAGGAGAGAAGCAGAGAGAAUAGCGCAGAGAGAGAGCUCUCUCCGCUAUUGAGAUUUGUCUCUCUCUCUCCCACCCUGCUCGCCUAACCGCUCGCGUUAGGCGCGGCAAGAAGAGAGAGCGGGACGCGCGAAGACUACGCUAGAGCCAGAGCGAGAUGGCGCUAGAGAAUUCGAGAGCUGCGUAGACGCGAUCCUCUCUAAAGUACCGCGAAGUCUAUAUCGAGUCUCUCGGAUCUCUCGCGUCGAAUCUCUCUCUCCUCUCUAUGCUCUCUUCUCUCUCUCUCUAUAUCUCUCUCUCUCUCUCAACCCCACAACUCUAUCCCUCCAUCCCACCCUCCCUGACCCUGUGUAGCUCCCUGUGGAGGCCACUACUCUGCUCCAUCUGGAGUGAUCCUGUCCCCAGGGUGGCCUGGCUACUAUAAGGACUCCCUCAGCUGUGAGUGGGUCAUCGAGGCAACGCCCGGACGCUCUGUCAAGAUCAGUUUUGACAGGUCUGUAUGACAGCACAGCACCCAGAACCCAGACAGGGAAUGACUCUCAAAAGUCAGAGGCAAAAUAUAUAACUUUUUUCUCCCAAAGGUUGAUGCUCCUUGCUUUAGACUGGGAUGUAACUCAAUCCCCAAGUCAGAUUAGAUGGUACUUCAGAGUUUAGAUGAAUGUUAUAGACAAAGUGUGUCUCUUUCAAAUAGUCCAUUACAAUCUGUUGGGUUCUUUUGUUUAGAUGGAUGGGGCUUGAUACUGUAUUGUAUUUCAGACGUUAUAUUAAUACUAUAGACAGAAUUGUGUCUCUCAGUAGGCUGAAGGCUGUUUAAAAUGUUAUUGAUGGAGAGCUCUGGGCUGACUGAUGUCAUCUGUUUUAUACUGUGGAGGCCUGGAGGGAUUGAGAGCUCUGGUCUGACUGAUGUCAUCUGUUUUCUACUGUAGAGGCCUGGAAGGAUGGAGAGCUCUGGUCUGACUGAUGUCAUCUGUUUUAUACUGUAGAGGCCCGGAGGGAUGGAGAGCUCUGGUCUGGCUGAUGUCACCUGUUUUAUACUGUGGAGGCCUGGAGGGAUGGAGAGCUCUUGUCUGGCUGAUGUCAUCUGUUUUAUAUUGUAGAGGCCUGGAGGGAUGGAGAGCUCUUGUCUGGCUGAUGGAAUCUGUUUUAGAUUGUGGAGGGCCAUUGGAGGGGAUGAGAGAAGAUGCUGGUCUGGAUGAUGUCAUUGUUUAUAUAUGUAGAGGCGGAGGGAGGGCGAGCUUCUGGUCUGGGUGAUGUCAUCUGUUUUAAACUGUAAAGGCCUGGAGGGCCAAAGCAUAUCUUUGCCCUGUCAAAUUAUUGUAAGAAUUUCUUGUGAAGAUUUUGGUCAGGAGGGUGGAUGAGGGGUGGAUGGGUGGGGGGAGGACAAAGGAAUAAGGGCGGGGUUGGGUAGGGGGUGGGGGGAGGGUGGAGGAGGGGGGAGGAAUGAAUUAAUAAUGAAAAAAAGGGUUCCUCUCCCCAAAAAGGAGGGAAAGAGAAGGGAGAAAAGGAGCGCAUGACUUUCGGAACUAGCCUUAGAAAUCUUCCCUUUCUCCCCUCUCCCCUUCCCCCUCCUCUUCCCUCCUUUCCCUUCCCCUUUUUUCAUCUUUCCUGUGUGUCAGGUUCCAGACGGAGCUCAGCUAUGACUUCCUGGAGGUGCAUGAUGGUCCCAACCUGCUCUCACCUCUGAUUGGCUCGUUCAACGGGACCCAGGCCCCCCAGUUCCUGUUCAGCAGUAGUAACUUCAUUUACCUCCUCUUCAUCACUGACAACAGCAGAUCCAACAGCGGCUUCAAGAUCUUCUACGAGAGUGAGGCGACAACAAUAUGUAUUUGUGGGCGUUAUGAGUGGUGUUCUGACUAGGGACCCAAACACAUAUAUGGUACAAGUCUCCCAUUGAUAUCAAUUAAUGAAAGUAGUACGAGACAACAACAAGCUCUAGUUUUAUUGAAGUCAAUGAAUGAUUUAUGCGAAAGUCUGAGUUGUGAAUGUACACACUUGUCUGGGGCGUUAGGUAGCUUAGUGGUUAAGAGCGUUGUGCCAGUAACCGAAAGGUCUAGGUGAAAAAUCUGUCGAUGUGCCCUUGAGCAAGGCACUUAACCCUAAUUGCUCCUGUAAGUCGCUCUGGAUAAGAGCAUCUGCUAAAUGAGUAAAAUGUAAAUGUAAAAACUAUGAACGAGACCCUGUGAGACUGGACUUGAGUCAUUCUUAUCAAGCAGCAAGCAUAAACACAGCUCUGAUCAGCAAGAUUAGGGUCAUGAUAGGCCCUACUUAUGAUGUGCAGUAGGUAGCCUGAAUUAUAUCUGUGUCGUAGAGUGUAAAUAAACUGACUUCCUGUACUUGCUCUGGAAAGCAUUUCAGCUGCUAAAAUGAACAGAAUGAGUGAAAUUUUCUCUAUCAUAAAAUUAUCUGUGGGACCCUUACUUAGCACAACGCGCUGCUAUUGCUUCUAGAUGGAAUAUUUAUGGAAUUUAUCAAUCCUGUCCCAAACUGGAAGUAUUGUAGGAUUCUAAAUAUGUAUAUGUAAAUUAGGGCUGUCAAAUGAUUAAAGUAAUUAAUCACAAUUAAUCGCAUUAAUUUCUGUAGUUAGUCGUGAUUAAUAUUUUUUUUUGAAAUUGUUCAAAUUUGACCCUAAUUCAAGAUGUUUACAGGAAUACUUCGGCAUUUUGACAAUGAGGCCCUUUAACUACUUCACCAGAGUCAAAUUAAUUCAUCGUUACCAUUUGUAUAUUUCUGCAUACCAUUCAUUUUAUGUUUCUGCAUGCAGUUUGAAGGAAGUUGCUAACAAGCGCUAGCGCAAUUGCUAACUAGCAUUAGCACAAUGACUGGCAAUAACUGCAAGUAUAUUGGUAUCUGCCAUCAUGCUAGCAGAUACCAAUAGACGUAUAGUCAUUGCGCUAACGCUAGUUAGCAUUGGCUCGCGAAACUACCUCUAACUUCCUUCAUACUGUACAAAGUGACAUUAAAAAUGGUAUCCACGAGUUCAUCUGACUCUGGGGAAGUAGAUAAAGGGUCUCCUUGCCAAAAUCCCGAAAUACCCCUUUAAAUUUAAAACACAUUCCAUUGGGUUGUAGGUGUAAUACUGUAUAUUUUGAUUAUAUGGGAAGAAAACACAAAAUAUACAGUAUUUUAAGACAAUAACAACAGAUCAGCCAGAUAUUAAAUAUCAUAGAGCUAUUAAAUCUAGCCUAGGCUACUUAUCAUGAACUAGUCACAAACUGCUACUACUAGAAUUGGGAUCAUUUGCUUAAAGCCCCCCAUGCAGUCUUUGUAAUUUUUAUUUUUAAAUCAUCACCGUAUGUCCAAUAAAUCACUGCGUGUUUAUUUAAUGAAAAUAACUCCAACAUAUAUUUUUUAUCAUUUAUUUUCCUCAGCCUCCUUUGGCCUUUAAAAUGCUCAGUCUGAUCGUGUGGGCAUUAGGAAAUGUGAAGAUAUUUACAUACACAGCCCUGAUUGGCUGAUAGAAUGGUCCACCCCCUUACCCAUAUGAACAGUCAUUGGUCUAUUAUAACCAGAUCGCCUUGUGACGUCAUAACGUGGGCCUAAAGUUCUAUCCCAGGCUGAACAGGCUGAAAUUCCAGGAUUUUUUUCAAACAGCUCUUACACAAAAAGGGCAGUAUCAUCAUUUUCAUAAUUUCUGAGUAUUAUUUCGACUUCAUAUGGUGGAAAUAUUUUCAUAUUUUUCAGUUGUGACGUUGGACACGUCAUCAUGCAUGGACCCUGGGAUCCCGGUGAACGGCGUGCGGUACGGCCAUGACCUGGCCAUCGGGUCCACAGUGUCGUUCCAGUGUGACAAGGGAUACAGGCUCAGUCAUGAGGAACCCCUGGUCUGUGAGAAGAACCACUGGUGGAGCCAUCCUCUGCCCACAUGUGACGGUACGUUAGCCUGUAUAACAGGGGAUUACAAUCUGACCCUACAAGGUCUGGACUACUGCUGCUUUUCUGUUCUACCUGAACAUUCAUUGCACCCACCUGGUGUCUCAAGUCUUAAUCAGUCCCGGAUAACACAAAUUAUAUUUAAAAAACUGUGGGACUGGCUUCAAGGCUAUAUUCUUUAUAGUUAUGGUAUGUUACUAAAUAGAUAAUCAUCUUAAUGUAUCAUCUCAAUUAAGCAAGCCUUGUCCACUGCCCACGUAUGAUGCUAUGGUUUAGAUUAUAAUAUGUGUAAUCUAGUUUAAGAUAGCCUGGUGCAAUCUGUAUUCACUUUCGCCAAGUCCUGCUUUAGCCAACUAUGGCCUGACCAUGAUAGCCAGAGUGGUUAGCUGAAGAACAUACAGAUCUGGGAACAGGGUUCAUGUAAUGGUAUUCAUAUGGUUCAACCAACUCAUACCUUUCACAUGUGAUAGUAUGUUACUAAAUAGAUUAUAUUAUUUUUUUAAGGAGUGGUUGUCGUCCCACUCCUUACAUCUUUGUGUUUAUUGGAUAGGAGAGAGAAAGAGAGGAGAGUGUGCUGAAAUAGUAGUGGGCUGCAUUGGAACCCAUGCUGCAGUGGUCUGCAUUGGAACCCAUGCUGCAGUGGUCUGCAUUGGAACCCAUGCUGCAGUGGUCUGCAUUGGAACCCAUGCUGCAGUGGUCUGCAUUGGAACCCAUGCUGCAGUGGUCUGCAUUGGAAACCAUGCUGCAGUGGUCUGUAUUGGAACCCAUGCUGUCUGGAACACAGUGGUAUGUGUUCCAGAGACAGCAGUUCAACUGGAACCCAUUGGAACCCAUGCUGCAGUGGUCUGCGUUCCAGAGACAGCAGUUCAACUGGAACCCAUUGGAACCCAUGCUGCAGUGGUCUGUGUUCCAGAGAUAACAGCUCAACUGGAACCCAUUGGAACCCAUGCUGCAGUGGUCUGUGUUCCAGAGACAGCAGCUCAACUGGAACCCAUUGGAACCCAUGCUGCAGUGGUCUGUGUUCCAGAGACAGCAGCUCUAAACUGGAACCCAUUGGAACCCAUGCUGCAGUGGUCUGUGUUCCAGAGACAGCAGCUC